AUGGGGAAGCAGCCCACUCUCCGUUCAACAUCGCGCCGUGUGACUAUGACAGUCCUCCGUAGCUCUGGUCUACAUACUUCUUCAGCUGGACUCACUCGUAUUCGCCGUGAUCGCCUUGAAGCUGAAUGCUUGAGAGAACAACAAGCCCAUGAUCAGCGCCUUUUGCUUGCCGCUGAGGCUGCUAUUGAAACAGGAACUGUGUUUGAUGCCGACAACUUCCAUGACACCUUGCAGGACAAUUUCGAUUCGACAGCGCACAAUUUCAAAGACUAUGACAGCGAUACCAGUACCAGGAGCGAUAGCAGUGGGGCCAGACCACUCCGAUCAACUGAAGAGAAUCUUUUCUCUUCAUAUGGACUCCUGCGAUUGAACACCAGCUGUAAUCGACGCCGUAACGACCAGCGCACACGGGAGGCACGCAAUGCAAAUAUGCAUGCAGCCUGGAGUGCUCAGAUACGAGCGCUCGCGGAUGCCUAUCUUCAUUGGAAACAUGGCCCUCGCAACAACACAAAUGCAGAGGGCCGUCAACCAGUACACCACUUCCACGUCAGCAAGAUUGAUGUGUUCGAUUAUCAUCCAGUUUGUGAGAUUGCGCAAAAUCACGAGGAAACAGCCAACAUAGCAUUAUUGCAAGUUGGCCUCCUUGGGUGCUCUCCUACGACUCCAACAGUUGUGAUCACUCUACAAUGUCUCGAACUUUACCAUCAGCUUCGACGUCGACAGUUGUCAUUCAGUAUCCAGGCCUUCAUGAAAGUAUUAUGUGCAUUACACAACGUCACAUAUAUCAAAUCAUUCCGUGAACAAUUUGCAAUUGCUUUUGAUGUCUAUCUUGCUAUCAUUCGCGAGGUUCAAUCACGCAUUGAUGUGGCGCUCAGCCAAUCUGACCCUGACUGGCGGCUUCGCAACAGCUGCCCUGCAUGUACCUUCAAGCAACCUGAUGAAGUUGCCUUAUUUCCCGCAUCUCUCAGGGCUAUGGACGGCAACAAUUCUGUGAAACGAAUGGAUAAUGUAGGCUUCACUGACCGCCGAAUUUAUCCAAGUAGGUAUAUGAUCGCGUCUUCUGACGUGGAUAGAUUUAAAGAUGAUGUACGCUUACGUCCUGGUGAACGGAGUGCUGCCAAUCAGCCCGACCAACUGAACAAUUCUCUUACUUGCACAGAUAAUUGGCAAGCAGCAAAUUCUGCGUCUGGGAGCGAGAACACCAUCCGCAUAUUCGAGCAGAUGGGAAUAUUUUUAUCUGCAUGUCGCCAUGGAAUUAUUCAGACUCUUACAGAAAUGAGGUGCAGUGGAGAGCUGGCAAAGUACCCACUGGCAACAAUUAAUAAACUAAUUGAUGUGUUUAGCGACCACCUUGGCAUUGGUAGUGACAUCGGAUGUAGUCUCAGGAAAACGGUUGCUGCAAGCUCAAUUCGAGAGAAAGCUGCUGAUCAUCAUCUUAUCCUUGCCGUCAAUGCAUUUCAUGGCCACGCGCACAAUCGCAAGUGCCAGCUGCAACAUCACCCUCUUUACCUUCAUGGAUUUGGGCUCGAGGACUUGGAAACAUGCGAGCGUGUGUUCGCAGCCUCUAACGCUGCAGCGCCACUUAUACGUCAUGCUUCGCAUUUCCAUUACGUUCAGUUCCUGGAGCUUCAUUUCGACCAGUGGGAUAUCGAUAAGUACCUUGAACUUAGCCGGUUUAUUCUGAAUAAUUACAAGCAAGCGCUAACUGUGAUUUCCGACUACACCAAGGAACUUGAAGCUUAUCACGCAACAUUCCCUGGGGAGGGACUUGAUUUUGAAAGUUGGAUUGCGGAAGAAUUCGCUUAUCUGGAAGCUGUGGCCGUAGAGCCUGCACAGGAUGCUACUGCAGUCGAUCUCAGGAGUAUAUCAAAACACUGGAAUACAGCCGAAAGCUGUCAAUUUAUUCGUGCUAUCGAAGAUCUUGAAGGUCUCGUUGUGCAACGCAUGUUCGAGCUAUCUAAGGCAAAUCUCGCAUCCACAGGCUACAAACUUCGGAAACAGAUCUCCAAAGCCAUCGUGAAGCGUUCUGGUGCUGAUCCGAUCAGCGCUCGACAAAUACAACAAGCUCGCUCUCUCUCAAAACCCCCAACGGCCUACCCUUCAAUACACCAUGGAGCAAAGGCAUCCAUCGCGAAGAUGACGAAUAAGUAUUUCAAAAUCAUUCGUGCGCAGGAAGAAAUAACUCGACUGAAUGUUGAAAUACAACGCCUGCAGGCAUGGGUUGACAUGGAGGAUUCUGAUAUCGAACGGACGGCUACAGAACUCGAUUCGACGGAUACACGACUUGCUGCAGAGUUGUGGUUACUGUACCAUCGUCAACACCGGAUUAACGAUGUGCAUCGCAACUGCCUUGCACGCAUAUAUAGCUUACCAGGUUACACCGGUUCUAUCCCCUUGCAAGUGAACACAGUGGUCGCUGGCAGUGAGAAUGAGGAGGAAUAUGAUCCAAUGUUAGAAGGCGAGGCGUCGGCACGGUUCGAGUCCUGUAUUCAGCAGAUUUCACAGUGA